AUGGAAGAGUCAAAGGAGGAUACCCUAUCCGAAACGCCGCUCCUUCUCGUUGAACCUCCGAACCCAGACGUGAAAGUAGUGGACGCGAGUGAUAUAGUUCAGGACUCUGGAGGACGGACAACUGAUUCAGGAUCAUUCAGGAGAUGGUUUGAAGAGUUCUGGCUGAAGAGGAGUCUUCCUUCUCCAGCCCAGAAACACGUUGACGGUUGGCCCGAGAUCCUGUUGACCAAGUGCUCCAACGACGACUGGCCACCUCACUGUGGGCUUCAAGAUCAACAAUGGGAACAACUAUCGGCACAUUCGUCACAUCUGGGGAUUGUCAAAACAGCGAGCUUCACUGACCAAAGCGUAGGGAGAUCAAGGGCUGCAACACAGAGCACCUUCAACCCCAGCAUACAUUCGGGCGGUCGUGGUUCAAUCGAGAGUUUGAGGCCCAGUGUCAGCCCUUCGAUAUCCCAUGCAGUGCUACUUCAUUCUCUUGAGAGGCGUCAAAUACUGCGGGAGAUCAUCACUACUGAAACCGACUACGUGUUCGGGUUGAAGGCCCUUGCUGAUGUAUGCCCGAAAGUAGUAUCUCGUGUAAUUGACCUUGAAACUAACUUUUUCCCGUCAAUCGACCAGGUACUUCUCAUCUGUUCCGUCAGACCCCCGAUAUAUCGCAACGUCCAACAGAUUCGAGAACUACACCAGACCUUCUUGGCAAGGGCUCGUGCCGUGAGCCCCAAGUCCGUUUCGGCUGCAUCCGAGGUCGAUAAGCUGUUCCCUCAGGGCGUUGCUAAAGGCUUGAGGGCGAUUGACUUGAAACGCCUUAACAACCUUCAAAGCAGAUUCUUGACGAAGCAGAGCCUGAAGACAUCGAUAAUUGCCCACCUCAACUCAUUGGCUGCGCAAGGUUCGGAAGCCUAUGACAUCGCUUAUGAGAUUGCUGAAUUGUCAAUGUCCUUCAAGCUCUAUGAAGACUUCUGUAGCAAUUUUGAACUACUCUUGCAGGACGUGAGCCUUCUGCGCGGGUCAAUACCGAAUUGGGAAACGUUCGAAGGAGGCAUAGAAUCUCUUUCAAAGUCUGUGACGUCAUUGGAGAACAAGCUCUUGACAGAUAAUAGAUCAAUGUCUUUGAGUGAUCUCGUCGUCAAGGUUUUUCCAACCCCACCUUCCAGAUCCGCCAUCUCUGUGCUAACUAGCCUCAGCCAGUUCAGCGCCUUUUGCACGCCGAUCCAAGAUGACCCGUUGUCGCAUGACAAGAUCAAGGAAGUACUGGAUGGCCUUCGCCCAACAAUCGAGCGAGUAAAUCAAGCCAAUGAAACUCUCAAGCAGAGGGAACUUAUUGCAAAAACCCUCUUGCUGAGAGAAAAGCUGGAAUUGCCAGAGCCGGGAUCUGGCAUGCAGGACAUUGUUCACGAUAUCUACCUACAAUUGGGACCCAUCAAACUAUGUGGUGUUCUUCAUGCGACCUACCAGUUACCGGCAGAUAUUGUGGGUGAAUACGUCGUCUGCGCUCUGUUUGAGAGCUAUCUUGUUCUGGCUGCUUCAAGAGACGGCUGUUCAAGACUCCAGGCUGUGGCGUGCUUGUACGUCCGCGAUCUAAAGAUCGACACCUUGAGAAAUGGGAGAGGGCUAUGUUGCUACGGAUGCUUAUUCUCGUGGAAGCUCAUAUUUGAACAUCGAAAUAAUCAAUACGAGCUGGUCUUGAGCGCGUCAUCGGCGCUUGAAGAAAAACAAUGGAAAACCGAGAUACUUAGGGCGGCGGCGGCAUUGACCGAAGUUUCGACAGCAGGACAAUCGGAAUCAAAUCUAUACUCCUUUGAGGUGCUAGGUCUACUCCCACUUGAAUGCUCGACGGGUUUAACAACUCUCUUGUCCCGAAAAACUUCCAUCCACUCAUUGGCCACUUCUGCGAGUAAGGCGAAUUUGCAGCAUAUUGUGAUCAGGAAAACGCACCGGCCUGGAGAGGCAUCGCCUGAGGCGGAUGGAGAAAUCGAACGCCCAAAGAUCCCCCCUUGGGCCUCAGCGCUGGUCCUGACAACAAGAAGACAGGAUAGAGUUGAUCUGGAACGAUUCAUCUUCAACAUAUACACAAAGAGCUCACUGCCUUAUCCUGGAAUGCCUCCGGCCAAAGGCAAGGACUUGCUCAAGCCUAGUAAGCUCAUGGUAGCUAUUCGGGAAGGGGGUCUUCCAACCGCUAGGCGUCCUGCCAUAGUACUUGCUCCUGCAAAAACCAGCAAAAAUGAGCAAAUAGACUGGGAUGAGAAGGGUAGAACUGACGAAUCGCCUGUCCUUGAGGAUAAGAAGAAGGCUGCCUCGCCUAUGAGUCGCAUGGGAACGGUUCGACGAGCUCUAACUGUCAGGUUUCAAGCCAGACACAAGUCUGCUUCUCAUGCUGAUCUGCCUUUGCAGUAUAAGGGGCAAUCAGACCAACCUUUUCCCAAGGUGUCAGUACGAGGCAUCUUCAACUCAGUAUCUCGGAGGAGCUCAAAGAGAGGUUUGCAUUUAGCUUUGCGUGUGGAUGGUGGAGCAUAA